AUGUUUUCUGUCAUUCCUCGCAAAUUCCUGCCCGGGAUCAAGAACCCCUGCUGGUACGAAGAAUUCACCGGCAACAUUACCUCAGACCCGUACAGGACUAAUUUGUAUGGGCGGUACUCGCGGCGUUUCCGGACAGUUUUCCAGCACUUGAGGAGCACUUUCCGUGACCACUUGCUGCAUCGCAGCAGGAAACCCUACCGCAUGCGGUGCCUUCCUUUCUUCUACAUUAUCGGCCAACCAAAGUGUGGCACAACGGACCUGUAUGACAGACUGAGGUUGCACCCCGAUGUCAGGUUCACCACGUUCAAAGAGCCCCACUGGUGGACCCGCAAGAGGUUUGGCAUCAUUCGUCUCAGCGAGGGCUUCCACGAUCGAUACCCGGUGGAAGACUACCUUGACUUGUUCGAUCAGGCUGCCUACCAGAUCCAGGGCAACCUCACCGCAAACACCAAGGGUUCCCCCAGCCACCCGAAUAUCAUCAUAGGAGAAGCCAGUGCCUCCACCAUGUGGGACAACAACGCCUGGGUGUAUUUCUAUGACAACGCCACUGGGGGAGAGCCUCCUUUCCUUAUCCAGGACUUCAUCCAUGCCCUGCAGCCUGACGCCCGCUUCAUUGUCAUGCUCAGGGACCCGGUGGAAAGGCUUUACUCAGACUACCUUUACUUCGGUAUUGCCAAUAAAUCUGCAGAGGAUUUCCACGAGAAGGUGUCCGAGUCGCUGCAGCUAUUCGAGGGGUGCCUUACGGAGUACACAAUGCGCUCCUGUGUGUACAACACCACUAUCAACAACGCCAUGCCAGAAAAUCUUCAUGUCCUUUUGGCUUCCUUCGUCUCAUCCCCGCUUUCCGCUUCCUCCUCCUUCACCUCCUCCUCCUCUCAGACAGCUCAAGAUGGGUGUAGUCUAGAUGAAGAGUGGGCGAACAAUGAGAGCCUGCAAAGCUGGUGA